CGGCACUCCUGAGCUGUGACCGCGCAACGGUGCGCAGACAUCAGAGCGCAGAGAAGCGGCUUCGCAUGGCACAUCUGCUUUCUCUGUAGUUGCACCCUUAAUCAGAACCAAUUCGCCUCUCACGGAUUUUCGGAAACCCUGUUGUAUUUUUAGAAAUAGUCAAUAAAGCUCGGUUGGUCAAGCGAUCUCAUCGUCUAAAGCAGAAGACAGAACAGAAUGAACAACAGAGAUCGCUGGAGAGUGUACAAGAGGGUGUGUGCCAUGUUCUUCCUGGCUGUGGUGGCGCUCACCAUUGUCCAGAGAGGCAGCAUCAACAUGGGGACUCCAUUUGAGUUAGAGAGGCUGGCUCGUAUGCACGCCUCCCCGGCAGAUGGACCCAGAGCCCCUCCAGAGGAGGGACCUAGCUUGCACCUGGGGUUAAAGAGCUUCUGGAAGGCUGGCAGGCAGAAGCCAAAGGCCAAAGCCUGGGCCACCACACAGGAGCCCGGGGUUACCGACGACACCAGCCCCGGUAACUGGGACGUGACCAGCUCCAACUGCAGCGCCAACCUCAACCUGUCAAGCCAGGCUUGGUUCCAGGCGCUUGAGGACAACUUCAAGCAAUUCAUGCUUUAUCGCCACUGCCAUUUUUUCCCUAUGAUUCUCAACCACCCAGAGAAGUGCACGGGGGAGAUUUAUUUGCUCAUGGUGAUUAAAUCGGUGGCCACCCAGCAUGACCGCAGAGAAGUCAUCCGAAAAACCUGGGGUAAGGAGCAGGUGGUGGACGGGAAGAGGAUAAAAACCUUGUUCCUGCUUGGUACGCCUUCAAAUGUUGAAGAAAGAGCUAAUCAUCAAAAACUUGUAGAGUAUGAGAACUAUAUCUAUGGAGAUCUUCUUCAGUGGGACUUCUUAGACAGUUUCUUCAAUCUGACACUUAAAGAGACUCAUUUUCUCAAGUGGUUCCACACCUACUGCCCUAGAGUGCAGUAUGUCUUCAAGGGGGACGAUGAUGUCUUUGUAAGUGUGGAGAACAUUUUGGAGUUUCUAGAAGGCAGCAGCCAUGACAAGAACCUGUUUGUAGGGGAUGUGAUUUUCAAGGCCAAGCCCAUUCGAAAGAAGGAAAACAAAUAUUACAUCCCUCAUGCUCUCUAUAAUAAAACCUACUACCCCCCGUAUGCCGGAGGCGGAGGGUUUCUCAUGCAUGGGACGCUUGCGAGGAGGCUUCACUGGGCCGCAGAGACCCUUGAGAUCUACCCCAUUGACGAUGUAUUCUUGGGUAUGUGCCUGGAAGCGCUGCAGGUCACGCCUGUAAAACACAAUGCCUUCAAGACAUUUGGCUUAGUGAAAAACAAAAACAGUAAAAUGAACCGGGAGCCCUGUUUCUUCAAAAACAUGAUAGUAGUGCACAAGCUCCUCCCGUCGGACCUCAUGCGCAUGUGGCAUCUGGUCAACAGUGAACUGAACUGCUCGAAGAAAGUAGAACUCCUAUAGCUCCGGGAGAGUUAAAGACGAAACCCUGUAGAUGAACUUUACCACAGAGAGCACCAAAGGGAAAUGCUGCCAAAUGCAGCGAGCAACAAAGCAAACUUCCAAGUAAACUCUCCUUUAUGACUCUUUGGAGAGAGUCGAAGAGCGUUUUUAAUUUGUCCAAGUAAAUUAUUGCCAUUUUUAAAGGUUCAUAAAGAAUUGUGGGGUUUAUAUGUAUGUACUGAGAACUCUGUUAGUGUUCAUAUUCAUAGACAGUAUCUACCCCAAUCACAUUUUUAAUCUGAUAAUAUGCAGCUGCAGGCUCUGCUGCAAAUGUUCAAAAAUGGCCUCACUGUGCCACAAGCAAUGAUAGAUGACUUACUCCUCACCCUUUUUGUGGUCCAAACAACAAUUCUUCCACUGUCCUCUCUUUUAGAUUAUUACUAAUUAUAAACUUAAGUUUCCAAAGCACACACGGUGCAUUAUCAAAACAUGUUUUACUGUAUUUGCUGCAACAUCGGAAAGCAGUUCAAAUCAAGUUUACUUGCAUAGCACAUUUCAGCAACAACACACAGUUCAAAGUGCUUUACAUGGCAAAAACAAAACGCCACGAGCAAAGACAAAAGAAGCUUUAUGUUACUGCAGCAAAAGUAAAAAGUUGCAGUGCAGACUAGAAUUCAUUUGCAUCCACUUAAUAAUCAAAGACAACUCUAAACAAAUGGGGGUUUAACUUUGCUUUAGAGCAACUUUGUUCAAGAAAAAAGUAUGACUGCAUUAUGUUUAAGUAAAAGACCCAAAUGUUUCAUUUGAAAUCAAGGUUGCUUUUGCUCCAGCAUGCAGCUAGAUGCUCUGAGCUGCCUCCUUUUGGGUAAUAGAAGCUAAAUGCUGGAGUUUCAGAUGAGCAAACAACUGCAUUAAAACAACAAACCAGUUUCCUAACUUGCAUUAAUCAAUAUAGCUACAUGGCUUUCUUUCAAGGCAAAACAGUUAUGUUGUUAUAUGUUAUAAUACAGCUGGACUGGUUUAAUGUAAAGUAUUUAGUUUUUGUUCAGAGUUUUGUUUGAGUCAUUUAAAGCAGGUCAAAUAAAACCCAAACAAUAUUUAUUUGAAAAGAAAAAACUAAAAACAAUUGUAUGAAAUUAAAUUAAAGUGGUGUGGUGGUGCGUUUGAUUUGUUAUGAAAAUUUCAUCACACUUGAGUGUUUUCUAGUGACAAGUUGGAAAACUGGUGGAAAUUAUUAGGUGGAUUGGUGCUAACUAUGGGAAACGUAAGACAAAGCUGUGCAUUUCUCUCCACUAAAAGUGUUCAAAUAAUAAAGGAAGUUGUUUAGAGAUAUGGAUUUUACAGCACUAAGUGAUCUGUUUGUGUCUCCUUAAACAUGGUCUGACUGGUUUAAGGAGAGACAAACUAUCAGAGUUGCUCAUAGAUUUUAUACUUUCAGCCUUGACAGAAAUGUAUUUGUCGUAGAACUCUGGAUUAUGCAGCUACUUCCGACUUUUUUGAGUUGAAAUUAUGAUUUUUAUUUUCAUUUUUCCAACUAGGAACUCAGAAAAUCCAACUUCUGUGGACAAAGACAGCGCACCAUACGGGCGUGAUUUAUGCUUAUGUCAGUCAUUGUUAAAUGAAAACAGAUCAAAUAUAAAAUUAAGAAACGUGAAAGAAUAAAUUAUUUAACAGACCUAAACUCAAAUAAAUAUGUCUUACUUAAGUUAGUGUACUGCGAGCCAAGGUUGUUUUUUGGUUGUACUUGAUUUAAAGCAAGAAAAAAAAAUGCUUUGAAAUUGGCUACUUUUUCAAUCGCUAUGUUAUCUACCCUAAAUAAUAUCUAAAUUGGAUAUAUAUAGCUGGGUUUACUUUGAAUAAAUGCAAUAUUUUAGAGAUCAUACUGAAAUACUUUAAAAAAAAAAAGUCAGAACAUUUAAACAUUGCUGAGCGCCUUAUGUAUGUUAUUCUGAAACUUCAAAAUUGCAGAAAUGUCAAAAUAUUCAGUGUGUCAUAUUGAGGCAUAUUCUUUCAAUAUCAAUGGCCACCUUUAGAACAUCUGUUGCUUUGGAACAUGUCUGGUUUAAUCUAGAGGUCUACUGGAUAUAUAUAUAACUUUAAAAAAAACAUCUUUAUACCUGUUUCACACAUUAAGUCUGUGGAUUUAAGUGCUGAUAUACUUGACAUAAAUUUAUGAAAGGGAGGUGACAAUAACACUGUGAAUUUCAAACUGUUGCUGGUACGAUUGUAUGGCAUCUGUUGCCCCCCAGUAAAAGAAGGGGGGCAAAUGUGGGAGUUCUUGAAUUUAUUUAAAUGUAACAAUGUAAACUUCUGUGAUUACAACCCCAGGUGGCAGGGGUGUAGUGGGUGGUGAUUAAGACUAAGUCAUGUAAAUGUAUGUAAUACUGACGCACACGUGUGUAUAUAUUUCUAUAUACACACAUACAAUGUAUGUACAAGUGAUGUUUUCUGUAAAUAAACCUUUUCACAAUCUUAACGAUCAA